GUCUAUUUCUUAUUAGGUCCAUGACCUCGAGCUUAUCUCCACCACCAGCAAAGUUGCGCCGUCGAGCUGUACUUCCGGCUCGUGCAGAUAUGUCUGUCGUGCUGAAUAUAUAACGAAGUCUUAUUACAAUAAGCGUGCAGUUGUAAGUCUCCGAUUAAUGAAAUUGGUUAUCGGUAUUAUUAUCAAAACAAUUCUCGAGUUAUAUCUGUGUCCUUUCGACAGCUGACGGUAUAUUACUGGGAAUGUCGCACGAUUUGUAACAAAAAUGGCCGUCAUCUUAUUUGUAGCAUGGUUGUCAGUGUUGCUCGUCUCCACGACAACAGCAAUUCAACACGGACGAAGUGCGAGCUCGCACGGCGAGGAUCUGAUUCCUCAUCAUGGUCGAUGCGAACCAAUAACCAUACCCAUGUGCAAAGACAUACCUUAUAAUGAAACCAUUAUGCCAAAUUUACUGAACAAUCAGAAACAAGAAGACGCAGCUGUGGAAGUGCAUCAGUUUUUCCCUCUCGUUAAAGUAAAGUGUAGCCCCGAUUUGCAGUUUUUUCUGUGCACUAUGUAUGUUCCCGUUUGCACUUCAAUUGAAAGAGCCAUACCACCAUGCCGAUCGCUUUGUAUGACGGUUCGUGAAAGUUGUGAACGACUUCUGAAUAAUUUUGGGUUUCAGUGGCCCCAAAGCCUAGAUUGCCAUAAACUGCCAGAAGCAGGAGGCGAUAUUCUUUGUGUUGGUAAAAACAAUACUCUGGUAUAGUAAUUUUGUAAUUAUUUGUACUGUAAAAUUGUCUUAAAUCAUAAAUGUCAAUAUUUAUAAUAAAGAUACCAGAAUUACAUGAUAUAGCGUAAUUGUGAAGAAAAUUCAGAAGAGAUGCGUUAAUGUCAUUAGAAUAUGGGAUAGAAUCUUGAAAUGAAUAUAAUUUAUAUUUUUUAAUACUACCUAAUAAUUAGUGCCCAAUAGAAAUUGCUGGCAUUAAUAGUUUUAAGUGUUUUUAAAUAACUUUGUUGAAAAUAAACGUGUCAUUUAUCAGUUCAAUUUCAUGUCUUAUAUCAAUGCAUAUGAUAUAUUUUUAAUGAUAGAAUUUUAUCCUAUCUUAUUUUAUGUGCCAUUACUGUGAAAACCUUCUUGCAUACUGUAAUGUACAACUUUUUAAUGAAAGAAAUAGAUGGCUCAUAAUAUUAAUAAGCAUAUAGUUAGAGCUCAAAAAUUAGCAGAAAUUAAAUAACAUGAAAUUCCUGAAGAAUAUUUUUGUAAUUUAUAAAAAAAAAAAAAAAAAAAA